AUGGGAAAAAUUAUAUUUACAAGACAAUACAUUUUACAAAAACUCUUUCUCCAUCCGUGUGGCGACCUCUUCUUCGAUAUCAAUCUCCAUGCAAAUAUCAGGAAGAGCCAAGAUGAUUUCCUCGAUUCUGCGAUACAAACACAUGUUGUUGAUCACUUUAGCAUACUUCAUUGCGUAUUCGUAGUCGUUGAAGUUGAUACAAUACUUGUUGAAAAUAUUGACAGCAAUGUGAUGGCAACGGAGAUCGAAUACUGGACGAGAUUGGGUAAGGACUCGGCUGAUCAAACUGAAAUUCAGAAAUGGUGUUUUAGUUCUGCGUCGACCGUUGUUCUAGCCUUCAAAACUCUGACACCACAAGAUCCUACACCUGCUCCUAACUCAUGUUUCAGACAACCCGAUAUCUGA